AUGGGAGAAUGUCCUUUAUGUGGUGAAUCUACAAACAAAUCAAAUACAAGACUGAUACAGGAGUCCUGUGGUCAUUCAAAAUGCAGAUUAUGUUUGAUUAAUGAAGAUAAUGGCUGCAGUAUUUGCGAGGGCAGUAAUGGAGAUAUCUCAUGCACGAUUGAAUCUAUAGGCAAUUUUGAUUAUCGCCUUCCUGCCACAACAAUAUCAAAUUAUAAGGAACUCCAUUCAACACCUCGUAAACUUGAUUUCAACAAAAUUCCAGAUGAUUUCAUAGACUGCUCACUUGAUGUAGGAAAAUUGCCAAUAGAUAAUAGCAUUAAUCAGAACUUAGGAAACGUUGCAGCCAAUAUUCUGGGACCUGAAAAAGUUGACAUUGGUACAGAGACUGAAAGCAUUCUCACAGAAAAAGACAUACAAUCACAAACUAUUCAAGAAAAUACUCAUUCAUCUCUCUCACAAGUAAUACAAACUCCCAUGGAACCAGUUACAAAAGUACCGGAAGUAUUUGCAAAUACAAUUAAUAAUAAUAAUCAGCCACAUCAAGAAACACCUGUUGUACAAAACACUAAUUUCAUACCAGUGACCCAGAGAGCAGAUGGCAGGCAAUUUAUUACAAUAGCUUUCAUUGCCAACAAUUCACCAAAUAAAAAUCAGCAGGUAGUCACUCCACUGCUCAAUCAGUGUCUUCCUGCAUUAGCAAAUGUGGCUGCAGUACAACGACCAGGUGUGAAUCAAUGUAUUCCUGUGCUAGGAAAUAUCAAUGCAUUGCAAAAUGGAAAUCAGUUUAUAAUCAGAAAUCCAAACAUUGUGCAAAAUCUUGUGGCAAAUCAAUCAGUGCCCGUCAUGGGAAACUUAAAUACUAUGCAAAAUUUACCAGCAAAUCAACCAUUAUCUAUAGUGGCAAAUUUAAAUACAGUUAAGAAUCUUAUAGGAAAUCAACCUUUGCCUCCACUAACAAGUAUCAAUUCUUUGCAAUCUUCAACCAAAAGUCAAUCUUUCCCUACAACAGGAAGUCAAAAUGUAGUUCAUAAAGUAGUUGGGUAUCAGUCUUGUCAAGUGACACAAACUGUUCCCAGAGAAAUAGAGGAACAAUCUGCUCCAAUUGAAGAAAAGGCUAAUACAGCGCGAAAACAAACAAGAACCAGGGGCCUUCCUAGAAUUAAAAAUGUAAAAAAUGUAAAUAUAGUGCAAAAGUCAGCAACAAACCAAAGUGAUACAGUAAAUAGUCAAAUAGAUAAGAACCCAGUGCAACUUGGAAGAGGUAAAAAACGACGUAAGGAACUACCAGUUUAUUUAAUUUCAAGUAAGUUAAACGAACAAAAGAAUAAUAAAAAAAGUUCUCCAAUUAAAAGUCCUCAAGUUAUUGGUUGCACGAGUCCGGAUUUUAAAUUAGAGGAUUAUAUACUAUUUAAUAAUAAGCCACACAAAGCAAGUAAUGCAAGAAAUUCAGAAAUUCAAACGGAAAAAGUUAAUGAUACUCAAUCAAUCAACAAGCCAUCAGAAUCUGUGAUAAAUGAAAAUUCCAUUGUUAGUGAUCAAUUUAACUGUACUGUAUUAGAUGAAAACUCUACAGAAAACAAAGUUGAUGAAUCUGAACAAGAAAACAAAGUUUCAAAUAAUAAGACAUAUAAUGAAAAGAAUACUACAGAUAUUAGUAUAGAAACUGAUGAAUGCAAAGAACAUCAAGAUUUGAGUGUUAUAUUUAACAUUAGAGAUGAAAACAAACAGACAGUGGAUGAAACAAUUGACAAUGAAAAAGAAAAAAUUAAUAUUCCUAAUGGAGAAGCAAGUAACAAAGAGGAAUAUCAAAAUUUAGAUGUAUUAUUUGACAUUAUAGAAAAAGAGAGUAAAAAAUUAAAUGGUGCAAUGUUUGAUAAAGAAGAUAAAUCAGAUUUUGGUGAAGGCUUUGAUUAUGAAGCAAAUCAGAAAUUACAUAAUGAAGUGGACAAUGGAAAGGAUGACGAUAAUAUGUUGAAUCAGGAAGCCAAUAUGGAACCAGGAAAAGAUCAAAUUUUGAAUAAUGGAAUUGCCGAUGAACAAAAUGAAGAUCAAUAUUUGAAUGGGGACAUAGAUAACCAAAAUAAAAAAAUUGAAAAUUUGAAUGAAGAAAUUGUUUGUAAUAAAGAAGAAAGUAGAAAUUUGUAUGAAAUUACCUAUGAUCAAGAACAGAAUUUGAUUGAAGAACUUCCCAUUCAAAAUAGAGUAACAGAACUUUUAGAUGGAAAAACUGGUUGUAAAGAAGAAAAGCAUCUUAUUUUUAAUACAAACAUAAAAGAUCACAAAGAAGAAAAUAAAUUUUUUGGUAAUAUUCUGGAUGGUACACUUAUAAAUGACGAAGUUGACAGUCAGGAUGAAAUUCAGAGUUUAAAUAAGAAGAUUAUUGUUGGUCUUGAAAAUAAAAGCGGAAAUCAAGAAAAUGAAGAUGUUUCCCCUAAAGAAGAAAAUAAUAAGCAUUCUGACGAGGAAAUUAUGUCAGAAGAAGAUGAUAAUUAUAUACAAAAUAGAAUAAAUAAUGAAAAAGAUAAUGAUCAAUACAUGAAUGAAAAGAUUGAUGACGAAGAAAAAACUAAUCACAUACAUUAUGAAGACAUAAGUGAUGAUGAAACAGGCAGUGGAGAAUCGCCUAGUGAAAAUCAAGAACUUAAAAUUCCAAAUGUAGAAAAUAAUGAUGAAAAAGAUGACAAUGAACACUUAAAUAAAAAAACCGUAGAAGAAGAAAGUAUAAUUUUAAACAGAGAAACUGUUGAACAAGAUGAUGAAAGAAACCAAAGUUUGAUAGAAACACAUGAAAAAGAAAAUAUAAGUGCGACUUUAUAUAUUAACAAAGAUUUACCGGCUUCCGAAGCAAAUGACUUUUGUAAUAGUAAACUCGAACAAACAUAUAAGCCCGAAAUCUUACAUAAAAAGGAGCAAUCGCUUGAAAAAGACAGUCAUAUUUUGAAUAUUGAAGGUGAUAGAAAUGAAGAAAAUGACAAUUUAGCAUUUGAAGUACAUACCGAUAAAGAGGAGAUAACGCUUGAGAAUGUCCAUUCGAACUUGUCACUUACUGAGAUGGAAAAAUCAGAAGAUGAAAAUCUAAAUACUGUAGCUGAAGAUACUCAAUAUAUUGGUAUCAACGAACGAAGAGAAAGAAAGAAAAAAGUAUUUAGUGAUUAUGAAAUUAAUGGCAAGCUCGAAUCAUCAGACAAAAAUAAACAGAUACUUGAUAAAACACCAAGAGGUCGACCUAAAAAAUCUUUAUUAAACACUGAACAACUCAAUAAAUCUAAUGAAAUCGAAGGAAAACUUGAUAUAUCAGAAAGACAAGUACUGGAAGUCAAUGUUCAGAUACACAAUCAAGAAGUAGAUAACAAUGUAACACUAGACAACCAUGAUCAAGAUAAAAGUAUGGAUUCAAAUGAUAAGUCAAUGUUAACGUAUGAUACUAAGAAACCACGGGGGCCUAAAUGUAGAAACGUAUUGCUUAAUUUUAAUCAACAUAGUAAGGCCGAAAUACUUCAUAACAGUAAAAAAGACACCCUACAAUUAGACAUUGAUGCAAUCAGUCCUUUUGUUGAAAAAGAUGAAUCAGAUGAUCAAAAGUUAGAUACUGUGAAUGAAAAUAAUCACUUAACGGUUAUUAAAAUGUUCAGAGAUAGGCAGAAAAAAUCAACAAGUAUUUCCGAGCAACAAAAUCAGUCCAAUCUAUCUGGCGUCAAUGUAGAACCAAUAAUUAAGAAGUUAAGAGGUAGACCUAGAAAAGCUGAUGCAAACUCUGAACAGCUGAAUAAAAGUAAUAUAGCAAAAGAAGUAUCAUUUUCAAGUAAUACCAAAAAUUUAAUUCCAUGUAACACAAUCAAUAACGAGGAAAACAAAGAGCAGCACGAACGCAAUGAAGGUAAAGCAAGUCGAGUUUUGGAUAGAGAAAACUUUAGUCAACAUGAAAUAAUGCAGGGUUUACGGGUGGAUAUGGAUGAUAAAGGAAAAGAAAAUUUACAUUUGGACGUUAUCACUAAUGUAACUUGCAGUCAUAAGAGUAAUUUAGAUGCUAGAAAGUCAAUUAUUGUAAACGAUAACAAGCUAUCAAUUGUGUCUCAAAAACCAAGAGGUAGACCGAAAAAGUCAUCAACUAACCUUGAGAAACAAAGUCAGCUCGAUGUAUCUGGCGUGAAUGUGGAACAAACCAUUGUCAAGAAGUCGAGAGGUAGGCCUAGGAAAUUUUCAUCACUCUUUAAACAGCAAAACGAUAUCAAUAUAUCACAAAAAACCGACAUUUCAAACACGACUAAAAUUUCAAAUCUUUAUGAGCCAAUCAAUAAUAUAGACAGAAACGAGCAAUACGAAGCUGAAGGAAAUAAAGAUUUGAGCAGAAAUAACUUUAGUAAAGAUGAAACACUACAAGUUUCAAGUAUAGAUAUUGAAAAUACAGAAUCAGAAAACCCCUACUCAAAUAAUAUAAUAAAUCCAACUUUCAGUGAUAAGAAUAAAUCAGAGGCUGAAAAAUCAAUUACUUUGAAUAGCAACGAAACGUUGUUGGUUACUCCCAAACCAAGGGGUAGACCGAAAAAGUCAUUAACUACCUGCAAUCAACAAAAUCAGUCCGAUGCAUCUGAGAUUCAGGUAAAACCAACUAUUGUUAAGAAGUCGAGAGGUAGGCCGAAAAAAUCUUUAUCCAUGUUCGAAAUACAAAACAAUUUCAAUACAUCAGAAGAAACCGAAAUUUUUAAUCUUCGUAAGUCAGUCAACAAAGAAGAAAAUAAAGAGCAACACAUAUCUGAAGGAAAUCAAAAUUUGGACCGAGAUAAUUUUAGUAAUGAAACACUCCUAGUUUCAAAUAUGAAUAUGGAGGAUAGAGAACUAGAAAAUCGUUAUUCAAAUUAUAUCGCAAGUUCCACAUUCAAUGAUGAGGAUAAAUCAAAAGCCGAAAAAUCAUUUUCUGUGAAUAGUAUCAAACCGUUGCUAGUUACUCCAAAAUCAAGAGGCAGACCGAAAAAGUCAUUAACUAUCUAUCAUCAACAAAGUCAGUUCGAUGCAUCUAACGCUCACGUAGAACCAACGAUUGUCAAGAAGUCGAGAGGUAGACCAAAAAAAUCUUUAUCGAUGUUUGAACGACCAAACGAUUUUAUAGCAUUACAAGAAACUAGAAUUUCAAAUCUUCCUAAAUCAAUCAAUAGAGAAGAAAUUAAAGAGCAACACGAAUCUGAAGGAAGUCAAGAUUUAGACCGAGAUCAUUUCAGUAAUGAAACACUACCAGUUUCAAGUAUGAAUAUGGAGGAUGGGGAACCAGAAACUCUUCAUUCAAAUUAUAUUGGAAUCCCAACUUCUAAUGAUAAGAAUAAAUUGGAGACUGAAAAAUUAAUUAUUGUUAAUAGUAACGCACCGUUGCUAGUUACUUCAAAACCAAGGGGUAGACCGAAAAAGUCAUUAAUUAGUUGUAAUCAACAAAGUCAGUCCGACGUAUCUGACACUCCCGUAGAACCAACUAUUGUCAAGAAGUCAAGAGGUAGACCGAAAAAAUCUUUAUCGCUCUUAAAAAAGCAUAAUAAUUUCAAUAUAACACAAAACAAUUUUAAUACAUCAAAAAAAUCCAAAAAUUCAUACACGGCCAAAAUUUCAAAUCUUCGUGAAUCAGUUAACAAAGAAGAAAGUAAAGAGCAACACGAAUCUGAAGAAAGUCAAGAUUUGGACCAAGAUAAUUUUAGUAAUGAAACACUACCAGUUUCAAACAUGAAUAUGGAGGAUGGAGAACCAGAAAAUCCUUAUUCAAAUGAUAUCCCAAGUUUAAGUUUCAGUGAUGAGAAUAAAUCAGAGACUGAAAAAUCAAUUACUGCGAAUAGUAACACACCAUUGCUAGUUACUUCAAAACCAAAGGGUAGACCGAAAAAGUCAUUAAUUAACUGCAAUCAACAAAGUCAGUCCGAUGCAUCUGACGCUCCCGUAGAACCAACUAUUGUCAAGAAGUCAAGAGGUAGACCUAGAAAAAUUUUAUCGCUUUUAAAAAAACAUAAUAAUUUCAAUAUAACACAAGAAACCGAUAUGACUGAAAUUUCAAAUCUUCAUGAGAUAAUCAAUAAUGUAGACAGCAAUGAGCAUUACGAAGCUGAAGGAAAUCAAAAUCUGAACAGACAAAACCUCGAAUUAAGUCAACAUUCAAGCGUAAUUAUGAAUGAGAAUUUGCAAUCGGACAUCAUCACAAGCUCAACUUCCAAAGAUAAGAAUAAUUCAGAUAACAAAACGUUGAAUGUUGUUUAUGAAAACGAGCAGGGAAUGUUUAUUAAAAAGCCAUUAGGUAGACCCAUAGAACCAUUGAGUAACAUCGAGAAACAAAAGGAACCUACGCUAUCUGAUGCAGACACACGAGUUGUUAAAAAAUUGGGAGAUAGGCCCAAGAUAUCUUUAUCAAAACUUGAACAAUCAAACGUACUGACGAAUUUAGAAUUAGGUGAAAAGAAUGAUAUCAAGAAAGAUCAAGCUCAAUGCUUAUAUAGAGCAAUUGAUAAAGAACAACAACCCCUAGACUGGAAAGUUGACAGUCAUGGUGAUGAAAUCCAAAGCUUGACUACAAGUUCGUGUACCGAAGCUGAUGAAAAUUCGAUCUUAGAAACUGAAAUAAACACACCCUUUAAUCAAAAUUCUAUAGAGGAUAAGCUCGAAAUCGCCCAUCAAAGCAAGCAAGUAAUAGUAAUUAAAAAAGCAAGAGGCAGACCAAAAAAAGAGAAAUCCCAAGAAGCCAUCAUAAAAAAGAUAAGAGGUCGACCAAAAAAGGAAAAUCAUGAACAACAAAAUGAAAGUAAUGUCUCACAAAAUAAAGAAUACCAAACAGUAAUAAAAUUAUCAAGUUAUUGUGCCGAUAACAAUGAUAAAAAAAAUGGACGUCAAGGUUUAGACGGAAAUGCUAUAGAAGAGGAAAAUAAAGUUUUAGAUAACGAAAACAGCAUUCGUGAAGAAUCAAGUCAGGUAACAAUAUCUAACGAUGAAAACAGAUGCUCACUGGAUGAAUUUGAGGAAGAUAAAAUUGAUAGUCAAAAACAAACAAACGAUUUCCUUUUAAAUGGUAGUGUGAGUGAUAAAAUGGAAAAAAUUUCAACUCAAAGUAUAGAAAAUGAUAAAGACCAGUCAAAACAACAGAACUAUAAUGAAGUUUUUAACGAAGGAGAAAAUACCGUUAUACCAAAAGACUCUGACAAAGAAGUAGAAGAAAAAGAUAGUCAAGAUGUGAAAUCACAUGACGACGAAAAUAAAGAAAAUAAGGAAAAAUUUUCCGAGAAAGAUGAUGCAAAGAUAGAAAAUAUCACUCCAGUAGCAGAAGAACAAGAUUUAGAAAAAUUAAAUAAAAUAAACGAUGAAGCUGUGCAGAAUAGUACACCAGGCAGAAAGUACAAGAAGUUCGAUAAAAUAAACACGCAAGUAAUCGUGGAGAGCAGCAAAAGAAAAAGAAAACCUAAAGUAUUGCUUUAUGAAAACGAGGACUUAGAAAUUUCACCGGUAAGAAAGAAAAAGAAAGAACUAAAUAAAUCAUCGCAUAAAAAUAAAUGUGAAACGAUUGAUAAUACGUUCAUGAAGAAAACUCAAGUUUAUAGUUCCACCCACGUUAACAAAUGUGCAAUGAAUACAAAACAAAAUAUAGAAAGUACUGAAAUAAUGAUGGAGAAAGUAAAUAUAAAACAUCAAUUAAAAGAAAAUAAAUCGACAAGUCUCGAUAAUGUGGAACUUGAUCAGAAUACGAGUUUUCUAAAUGUAAACCCAAAUUCAAUGGACAUCGAAAUGAAUUACGAAAGUAACUUUUUAUUUACGGAUUCAUCGCCAAAAGAUGAAGAUACGAAAGAAAUGAAAAGAAAUCGACGACCCAAAACCUUAUUGUAUGAAAAUGAAGAUUUGAAGAUCGUAUCAAAAGUUAUCAAAAAGAAAAGGGUUGAAUUUUUGUUGCCUGAAAGCAAAGACUCGAUAGAUUCAUGUAAUUUUGAAGAAGACGACAGAGUAACAGAAGACAAUAACUCGGAAGUUGUCGCUAAUGAAUGUGAAUUAACAAUGAGUGUUAAGAAACGCGAAUUACUUAGAAAGUCUAAAGCUUGGACGUAUGAUAAUAAGAGAUUAAGAUUUAUGCCCCUGAAGGAGAAAGAUAUCAAGUUUAAAAUUGAAAAGAAGGAUUUGAUGAUCAUGAAGAAGUUUGAAAUCAAACUGGAGCCUAUUGUUGUUCUUGAAAGAAACAUAGACUGGAGUAUUAUCAAGAAAUACAGUCCAGAUAAUAACUUACGCAUAACACAUGAACAAGAAAGAAUCCAUGUAAAAAGGCCAAAAUCGACAUUAGGCGUUAAGAGACCAAGAGGUAGACCCAAGCUAUUGAAUGGGCCUACAGCUCCCAAAACUGGAUGUAAAAGAACCAAAGUUUUAAGUUCCAAAUGCAAAAACAUAAAGUCGAAUAAAGAAAAGAAACGUCCUGGACGGCCUAGCAAAGACUACAGCCACAUAAUACCAUUACCAGGCAAACAAAACACUUUUCAGUGUACGAUUUGCCUACGAUCAUUUAAGCAUUAUGUGAACAAAACUCCGCACUUGGCUUGCGUUAAAUCAACGUUAAAAUCGUACAAGUGUGAGUUUUGCUCGAGAAAGUUCUAUCACAAAACUCACCUAGACUACCAUGAGAGGUCGCAUAAAGGUGAGAAACCUUUUUGCUGUGAGCUCUGUGGCAAAAAAUUCUUGAUAAAGGGCAAACUUAACCGGCACUUACUCAUCCACAAAUAUACGCAAGAUUUGGAAUGCAAUGAAUGCGGCAAGAAAUUCGUCUCGAAGGAAUAUCUUAAAAGCCACUUGCUAAGUCACGUGGAAAGUUCAUUUGUAUUCAGGUGUAAUCAGUGCCCGAAAUCCUUUACAAUGGACGCGAACAGGCGACGACACGAACUUUCACACUCGCCUGUUGCACUAUUCAAAUGUCUACACUGCCCAAAAAGCUUCAAAACCAAAUAUGAGGUGGCCAAACACAUUAAGAUACACCAAAAAAUACGGCCUUUCGCAUGCGACCAGUGCGGCAAAGCUUUCCUUACUAAAUUCGAAGUGAAGCGCCAUUCCGUCACUCACUCUGGAGAAAAGAAAUAUACUUGCUGUUACUGCCAGCAGCAAUUUGGACGAAUUGAUAACUACACUCGUCACAUGCUGCAUCACCACCCGAUUAAGCCACACGAGCACAUGGUACCUGAACGCAGCAAUAGUGGUACACCGAAAAAUAACGAAAUUACGCCCAGUAAAGAAGAAAAAAUAGAGAAGACAAAAGAUAACUUGGCAGUGAAACCAAAGAAAAUUUCUAGAACUCCAUCGAAUCCUGUGCCGAUGCCUAUCAACUUUAUCCAGCGAUUAACUCCGCCAUCGGUACCAAAUCCACACUCUAUGUCGCAGAACUAUGAACUCGCUUCGGUGAUUCACGAGACAUUGCCUGACUUGAACAACGCGGUGCCUGUCAUUAAUGCUCCAAUAAAUACGCAUCCGCCUUUGAGCUUGACAGAUCCCAUUCCAUUGGAACAAGCCUUUGUAUUGAAUAGACAAAUCGAAGAGAAAAUCUACUCACAGAGUUCGUUUUGUGAAUUUCCUGGAUUGACUCGCAGGAUCACAGUAGCUAAUCAUAAACAGAGUUUUACUUCUGUAAGGAGAAAUAGCUCUGAGAGUAACUCAAAUUCUAAUGAUGGUACAAGUUUCCUAACUAUAAACCAAGAACAGAAUACUGAACAGCAGGAUGAUAAUGAGAUAACCUCCGCAACAAAAGACAUUCACGUGCAUUGGAGACGAAGAACUGCAGAAACAUUAAAGUCUAAAAUAGAUCAAAAUAAGUAGUUUUCACUUAUAUUUCUA